UUGAUAAUGAUGUUAACAUUACCGAUAAACCAUCAUCAUCAUCAUCAUCAUUUGAUGUUGAACAAAAUGAACAGAACAUUGUUGGUAAUAUCACAAUCCAAAAGAUUUAUUCAUCAAAUAGUUAUCCACCAGAUUUCAUGUCCGAUCAUAUUCGUGAAAACGGUGGCAUCAUUGCGCAUUUUUUCCUUUUGAUUUAUAUUUGUUUAUCAUUGGGUAUUGUUUGUGAUUAUUAUUUUCUUUCCUCACUUGGUGUCAUCAGUGAUGAAUUAAAAUUACCUGCCGAUGUUGCCGGUGCAACUUUUAUGGCAAUUGGAACAUCGGCACCAGAAUUAUUCACAUCUGUAAUUGGUGUAUUCAUUUCGAAAGAUGAUAUUGGUACAGGAACCAUUCUUGGAUCAGCUGUAUUCAAUAUCAUCUUCAUACCGGCUGUUUGUUCAUUUGCAUCAUACUUUUUUUCAAAUCAACAAGCAAAUGUGUCACAAUUUGCUAUAAUUCGUGAUUCAAUUUUCUAUCUAAUUACUGUAACAACAUUAUUGCUGGUUUUAAAGGAUAAUUUAGUAGAUUGGUUUGUUGUUUUUCUUUUGAAUAUAUUUUGUUUUAUUAUAACUAAAAUUUCUUCUCUUAAUUUACUUUUUAGGAUUGAAUCAUUAGCAAUGUUUUGUUUGUUUUGUAUAUAUUUAAUCAUUAUGUAUUACAAUACAAAACUUGGUGAUAUUGCUGCUGCUGGUAGUGGUGGUAAAGUUUCUCCAACGGCGAUAAUUUUAUCGGAAAAAACUCCACUACUCACGGUUCCAUUAGAAUUUGAUGGCAAUAAUGAAUUGCCUAGACCACGAACGAGUUCAUCUUCAAGCCGACGUUUAUCAUCAAUGACUGAAGAUGGUGUUAUUGAAGAAGAGAAUUGGGUAGAAAGUAAUCUAUUCAUGAAGAUUAUAAUGUAUCCAGUACAAUUUAUAUUUCGUUGGACAAUACCAAAACCAAUGGGCUAUUGGUUUAUAGCAACAUUUAUUAUUUCGAUUUUUUGGAUCAUUUUAUUAACCUAUUUAUCCGUAUGGAUGGUUACAAUUAUUGGCAAUACGUUUAAAAUUCCUGAAACCGUAAGCGGUUUAACAUUGUUGGCUGCUGGAACAUCGAUACCUGAAUUAAUAAGCAGCGUUCUCGUCGUCAAAAGAGCCGGUUUAGUCGAUAUGGCACUUUGUAAUUCAAUUGGAUCGAAUAUUUUCGACAUUCUUAUCUGUCUUGGUUUACCAUGGUUUAUCAAAUCAAUUAUCAAUAUGAUUGAUUUCAAUACAUUGAAUACGGCAAUCACAUCCGUGCCAAUAAGAUCUGAAGGUUUACCAUUGACAACAUUUUCACUUUUAAUAGCAAUUAUUGCAUUGAUUACAUCAUUAUCAAUGUUUGAAUGGAAAUUAAGUUUAGGUGUCGGUAUCACUUGCACUGCUAUCUAUGUUGUUUUCAUUACUAUCGCAAGUUUUGUUGAAAUUGUAUUUGCAUAAUC